UGCAUAAAAUCGUAAUCGGGUCGAGCCCGGGUCGUGGAAUGAAUGAACGGGCGUUGGUCGACUAGCAGCUCUCUUUCUGUAAUCGCCAGAAGAAUGGCCGAGGAAAUCAGCGGCAGCAGCAGCAGUAGCCAGGCCCACGUCGUUGGAUCUUCCUCUGCCACUGGAUCUCGGUGGCCCACCCUUCUCCGAUGGAUCCCCACCUCUACCGACCACAUCAUCGCUUCCGAGAAGCGCCUCCUCUCCCUCGUCAAAACUGCAUAUGUUCAAGAACAGGUGAAUAUAGGAUCAGGCCCACCAGGGUCGAAAGUCAGAUGGUUCAGGUCUUCCAGUGAUCAACCAAGGUUUAUCAAUACUAUUACCUUUGACAGUAAGGAGAACUCCCCAACUCUGGUUAUGGUUCAUGGGUAUGCUGCUUCCCAAGGUUUCUUCUUCCGGAAUUUCGAUGCUCUUGCCAGUCGUUUCAGGGUCAUCGCUAUUGAUCAGAUCGGGUGGGGUGGUUCAAGUAGACCCGAUUUUACAUGUAAAAGCACUGAAGAAACCGAGGCAUGGUUUAUCGAUUCUCUUGAGGAAUGGCGAAAAGCUAAAAACCUCAGUAAUUUUAUUUUACUUGGACAUUCUUUUGGGGGAUAUGUUGCUGCUAAGUAUGCUCUCAAGCAUCCUGAACAUAUUAAACACUUGAUUUUGGUGGGUCCUGCUGGAUUUUCAUCAGAGUCAGAUAACAAGUCAGAAUGGCUGACAAAAUUUAGAGCAAGCUGGAAAGGUGUUAUCAUGAAUCAUCUCUGGGAGUCCAACUUCACUCCACAGAAGAUUAUCCGAGGUUUAGGGCCUUGGGGUCCAGAUUUGGUUCGAAAGUAUACAACUGCCAGAUUUGGAAUGUAUUCAACUGGAGACAUAUUGAAUGAAGAAGAGUCACGGUUGCUAACAGAUUAUGUGUAUCAUACUUUGGCUGCCAAAGCUAGUGGAGAAUUGUGCUUGAAGUAUAUAUUUUCUUUUGGAGCAUUUGCACGGCAGCCCCUUCUGCACAGUGCAUCAGAAUGGAAAGUCCCUACUACAUUUAUCUAUGGAUAUCAAGAUUGGAUGGAGUACCAAGGGGCGCAGAAAGCUCGAAAGCAGAUGAAGGUCCCAUGUGAAAUCAUAAGAGUUCCGAAGGCAGGGCACUUUGUAUUCAUUGAUAAUCCGUCUGGAUUCCAUUCGGCUGUUUUCCACGCUUGCCGCAGAUACCUCUCAAUGGAUCAGGAUGACGAGAGCGAACCUCUUCCCGAUGGCUUGACAGCUGUCUAAAGUAUGUUUAUUGCUGUAGCAUGAGAUGAUCUGUUUUAUGAUAUAAUAUAUUCAAUUCAAUUCUCUUAUAACUUGCAUUAUCAGAUCCAAAAUCCCUCUUGUAUAUGGAACCCUGUACAGUAUGCGAAGUCGAAGUAAUGUCGCGAAAGUAAUAAAAAAAGCUGUUUGUUAUUUA